UUAUUAAUUGGUUCAUUCCUUGCUUGAAACCAUGAAACCAAAGAUAUUCUUCUUUUUUUUUCCUUUAUAAUGGUGCAUUAGUUGUUUGCAAAUUAGUAUUCAACUUGCUCAUGGAUCAUUCUGAGGAGGAAAUUAAUUCGAUGGAUUUUCCAAUUGUUGCUUUGGACUCGAAUGUUCACAAUAGACAUCAUCAUUCACUCAGCCUUGUGCAUCUGCAACAACCGAAUCUUAAAAAUGAAAAUGCGGACGAUGACGAUGAGGAUGAAGUUGAAGGUGAAGUUGAUUUUGUGGAAGAAGACCGUCAAUGCAAUCUGUGUAAGGAACAGAUCUGGUCAUUUCAUUUGUGCUACUACUCCUGCAAGUCUUGUGACUACUCAUUGCACAAAUUUUGUGCAGAAUUACCCAAUACCAUAACAAACCACCCACUACACCCUGACCAUACAAUGGUUUUAAAGUAUAGUUAUGGGUUCUGUAGGUGUAUAAUCUGCAACCUUAAGCGAGAAAACUAUUUGUAUCAUUGUGAAGUUUGCAACUAUUAUAUUGACAUAAUUUGUUUUUCCAUGUCGGAACAUAAGAUAAACCACCCUAGUCACGAUCACCAACUGGAGCGAAUGUACGGACAAAAAGAUGUCUUACUUUGUGUAGCGUGUGGUUAUAAACAUGAAGGGGUCUUCUUUCAGUGUACCGCUUGUCCUUGGUUUCGGAUAAAUUUGUAUUGUGCUUUUCUGCCUACCAAGUUACUAAUUCAAAAUCAUACGGAUGGGAUUUUCAUUCAUCCGCAUCCACUUACUCUUACCUAUUCCUUUCCGUACUCCGAAAUUGAAGCUAAAUUCUAUCCCCUAUGUAGAGUAUGUGGUGACGAAUUUUAUUCUCAUUUAUGGAUUUACAAAUGCGAUAAAUGCCGAUAUUACGUGCAUUUUGAUUGUGCCACUUCAAAGCGAGAGCCAUUUAUGUCCAUCUUUCGGCAUCCAGGCCUUGGCAAAACUUCUAAAAAUUUUAUAGAAGAUGAGCAUCCGAAUCUGCUCCAUUGUCCAUUUCAAGAUGAAGGUGACAACCUUGUGAAGUUUCAUAUGUCUAAUAGAAAAGAGUUGAUUAGGAAACAUGAUGAUAAAAUGCUCAACCAUUUUAGUCAUCAACACCCACUCAUCCUUUUCGACACGCAAUCAUCAGUUGAUAAACAAACACUUUCUCUACACGAUCCCAAGAAAAGAAUUCAACUGUUAUGUGAUGGAUGUGUGAAACCAGUCACGACAUUACCAUUUUACAUGUGUUGCCAAUUUGCUGAUGGACAAUGUUGUUUUAUUCUUCAUGAGUGGUGUGCGAAGCUACCAUCUCAAGUACAUGACUACGUAGGGCAUCCCGAGCAUACUCUUUCUCUCAUUCCGAAAGUCUCUAGUAAGUUCUUUGGUGUGUUUCAUUGUCCCAUAUGCGAUUUACCAUCCAAUGGUUUCGCGUAUGGAUGUACAACCUGUGAAUUUUAUGUUGAUAUCAAUUGUGCAUUCAUACCCAAAGAUAUUACACAUGACGCUCAUCCAGGUCAUCUUCUCUCAAUAGUAAAUCCUGCAGCUAAGCAAUCAAAAGGGUUUUGCAACGCGUGCUUACUUGUGAUGGAGGAUUGUAAGCCGGGAUUUCAUUGUCCCUCUUGUGAUUUCUACUUUCAUGUAGAAUGUGCUCUGUUAUUGCCUAAAGUGAUUGAGAACAAGUGUGAUAAACAUCCUUUGAGCUUAAGAUAUGAACCAGCACAGGACCAUAUUAGCGAAUACUUUUGUGAAAUAUGUGAGGGUGAACUUAACCCUUGGAAAUGGUUUUAUCAUUGCACAACAUGUGCUCAAUCUAUGCACGCUGCUUGUAUGCCCUUAAUACUUCAAGUUCAAUGUGAACAAGCUACAUACAAGCAUUAUGAAAGAUGUGUUUAUGAGUUUCUCAAUGUAAAAUUUGGAGGAACGCUUGAGAUCAAAGGUCACUCACACCGCUUGGCCUUUGUUCAAGGGCGUGAGAGCGAUGGCGAGUGCAGUGAGUGCGGUGACGAGAUGCAGUACAAGAUGAUCUUUAAGUGCUUGGAAUGUGAGUUUGCAGUUGAUUAUAGAUGUGCUUCUAGAUUAGUCGGUUGAUCAAGCUCUUUGGCUUAUACUUUGGUGCACCCAUACUACUGUAAUUUGGUUACGUGUGUCUAGUUGUUUCUAUUGUUUAUCAAAUGAAUCGGAGUAUCUUGUAUCAACUUUUAGUUGGUUAUUCAUAAUCUUAUUUUGUCAAAAUAAUGACCUUGUUAUGAAUGUAUCCAUUAUGUGGUGACUAUCCACAUCUAUAACUCCUAUCCCUUUAGUGCA